AGCAGUGUUACAGAGCAGAGCAGCUUGGAGCCAGACUGCAGAAGCACAUCCUCAGCUGCUGCGAGCCCACCCAACAGCUCAGCAGGGCGGACAGGCAGCACCGGGCAGCCUCACGGUUCACAUCGCAUCACACCGCGUCCUAGAGGGGAAUGGGGGGCACCCAGCCCGCUAGCUAACUUACUAGAUUUCUCUAGAAGCGGUGAAGGCUCACGGCCGGCGCUCCAAAAAGAUGGUAUCCUGGAUGAUUUCGAGGAUAGUCGUCCUUGCCUUUGGGACGCUCUACCCAGCAUACUCCUCAUACAAGGCUGUCAAAACGAAGAACGUUAAGGAAUAUGUGAAGUGGAUGAUGUACUGGAUAGUGUUUGCGUUGUUCUCUACAGCAGAGACAGCCACAGACCUGCUCCUAUCAUGGUUUCCAUUUUACUUUGAGCUGAAGAUUGCCUUUGUGAUCUGGCUCCUGUCCCCGUACACCAAGGGCUCCAGUGUCCUCUACCGCAAGUUUGUCCACCCAACGCUGUCCAACAAAGAGAAGGAGAUAGAUGAGUACAUUGCGCAGGCCAAAGACAGGAGUUAUGAGACCAUGAUGAAGUUUGGAAAGAGGGGUCUCAACCUGGCUGCUAAUGCUGCUGUCACCGCAGCCGCCAAGGGGCAGGGCGUGCUGUCGGACAAGCUGCGGAGUUUCAGCAUGCAGGACCUGACUCUGAUCAACGCUGAGGAUGAGCUGGAUCUGCACACCUCAGACGCCCGCAUGAGACGGGAGCCCAAGGACGAUUUGAGCUCAGGAUCCAGCACGCUGCCCCGGGCCAAGAGCUCCGCUGCACGGCAGACCCGCUCUCUAGCGGCCAUGUCCCUUGCUGACGACGCGUCAUCUCAACACAGCUCUGACCAAUCGGACACAAGGACUGAACACUCUGAUGAAGAUGUAGGAGACAAAGCCCCCAAACGCACUACCAGCGUCAAGGCAACCAAGAAACCUGCUGCUGCUGCUGCUAAGACAGAGAUUCAAACCAAGACUGUGAAGAAGCCCACCAAGAAAAAGGCCACGACUAACAAUGCAGAGACGCCACCAUGAGACCUGCUGUCCACAUCCACCGGCCUAUACUCUCUUGACCCACAGCCUGCGGGCCCUUCGUCCUCUGUUUAGUCUCCACACAAACACACAUACACUGUGUAUAUUAAGCACUGAAAUUGUGUCACUCCUGCUGGUUUUUAGAGAAAAGUGCAGGUUUUGGUUUAGGGAACCCUUAGGUAGGGAACAGUUCUUUUACACAGACUGAGUUGCAUAUUUUGCCUCACUCUUUACUUACUGUGAGCUAAUCACAGAUUUAACAGUUGGGUUCAUUGUUGGAUAUUUUUUUGUCCGAUAAUGGUCAGUGAUACAUCCAUAAAUGCUCCUUUUUCCUUUAACCCCUAGACAUAUACGUCCCUAUAGUAGGUGAGAACAUAACUGUUUUUGGUUAAAGUAUCACCAGUAAAAUAUCACAUUCUUCACUCCUAGUUCUCUAGAUAAGGAUCCCUUAUGUGUCCUCUGAACUACUCCUGCAUGGUUCCAGUUGAAAGUAAAAAUCACAACCUCUCUGUGUGUACAGGCUACAAUUCUGGGUCCUCAUCUGGACCUGACCCCGAUGGUAGAAAUCCAGAGAGAGACAGUUGGCUUUAAGUUUAUUGUGCCUGAGGUUUUUUUUUUUUUUACUGAGGAAUAAGAAGGUAGUUCAAAUCAACUUUAAAGCAUUGGUUGAUAGUUGUAGACAUCCAUAUUACUGUUUCAGACCUAAUAGUUCCCACUUUUGACAAAUACCACCACUAUGUCCUAGCUCAUGCAACUGUCUAGUUUUACAGGAUGACCUGUGAUCAAACCGGUUUUGGUUCUCUAUUUUACCUUAGUUUUAACCUCUUUGACUGCAUCUUAGGCCUCACAGCUUGUGGAAGAGUUUAGCUUCUCCUCAUUUGGUCUAUAUAGUGAGUCUGGCUCUGCUAAGUCCAGGUCUCACUUUCAGCAACUUACUUCCUCACAGCUUUUAAUGUGACUUUCACGUCAUGUACAGUACUGGUGAUGGAGUGGUUUGCUUAGUGUUGGCUGAGUUAUCCUUUACUAAGACUUCACUCUCUUAUUUAUUAUGCUUCUGGUUUAGCCAACUUCUUUUGGUCAUAUAAUGUUAGUAAUAGGUAUGAUCAGUUGUGCAAAGCCAGGCCUCUUAAGGUAAUGCUGCAACUCCACAAAACAUAAAUGCAGUAGUCAUUAAAGAGUUUCUGGGGUUUGUGAGGCAACAUAUCUGCUUUCACCACAGUAGUGAUGUCUGUAUAUUGUUUGUGUUUAACAUUAGAAAGUCAUGGAGUAGCUCUGCACUUUCUCACUCCUUCUACCCAGCUGUGCGGGGACACUCUGCCUUUUUGGAAUGUUUAUCUCAGAAGCCAGGAUAAAGCAUAGCAAUAUGGAACAAAAUUAAACCAACAUCAGGAGACUGUGAGGAAGUAUUUUCUCAAUCCCGUGCUGUUGUUCUAGAUGUGGAGGAAGUGUCAGUCCAGACUCGGGUGUUUCUAAACACACUGGACUUUUGUUCUGGGAUGGGCUCUUCUGGUUGCCGGCCACUGCAUUGGGUGUAGUUUAUCCUAGUGCUCUAAUGAGAGAUUUAAAAGCAUGAGACUACAUCAACCCUCAUUACUGUUGUCUGCAGUGUGACACUAUUUUGAACCAGUAGGUGGAGACAAACCCCACCUCAACUGUUGGCAUAGUUAUUAAACAAUAUUUAAACAGAAUGUAAAUAGUAACCUUGACUGAAAAUACAGUAUGAGCUUGCUUGCCUUAUACAUUCUGUGGGCUUGAAUCCAUUGACAUUUUUACUCAUUUGUGUGCUUUUUUAAAAUUCUUAGUUCUGACAAAUCCUCUAUGUUCUGAAACUGGAAGAACCUCCGACUCCACCAGUGUGGAAUUCUGGUGUUAGAAGUGAUUUUUGUAUUUUACAGACUUUAACUUUUUUUUUCUGUCCUUAGUCAUUCAUUUUAACUUUUCUUUAUCACAAAGUAGGGAAUCUUCUGACGGAGUAUAUUUUUUGUUUGUACAUUCACAUCCUGCUGUGUACUCUACUCACUGGCGAAAAAAUAUAUUAGGGCCAAAAGUUGAAAAUAGACUUUUCUGUCUUUAAAUUUAAGAAGACCGCACAUAAUAGAGACAUUUUGUCUUUUACAACCCUGCUAUUCUUGUGUUUAUGCCAUUUUUCUAUAUUUAUUCUUCGUUAAAAUCCAUAUUGUGUACAGGGAUGUUCAUUUGUUUGUGCCAAUUGUCAAAGCUCCAUGUCAAAAAGGGUUACAAUGUGUGUACUGGGACAAUAGUAUCUUAAAAAGGUCAUAUAUCAGUAAUAAAAACUACCAAUAAAGUGUUUAUGAGUG